AUGUAUUUCGGGAAACCUAUGAUAGUCUUACCACUGUUUGGGGAUCAAUACGAUAACGCACAGAGAGUUCAAGAAAAGGGGUUUGGGAUUAGACUCAAUCCCUACGAGUGCUCUGAAAAUGAAUUAUUGGAUUCAAUCGAAAAGUUAUUAAACGACAAAAUAUUGGCUCAAAAGUUGGCAAAAUUCCUUAAAUUAAGUAUGGCUGAGGUAUUGCGAGACACCGGUCGAUACCACUGUGUGUUUGCGGUGACCAACGACUGGAAGUCACGGCUCGAGUCCAUUGGGUUUGAGGUGAAACUCAUGGGACAGCUGGUGGCCGGGGAUGUAGUGGCGACUGAUUCAGCCGAUAGAAACGUGGCUGAGGUCGAGAAAUUUGGGGGUUUUGAAAACCACACCCCAUUGGAAAUGGCUAUCGGUGGCAACGACUACUUUGUCAAAAGUGGUAUCAAACAAAAUAUAGAAACGGAUCCAUUGGUUAAGACUAUUAUAAAGGAUUUGAAGCCUAAUGUCAUAAUUACUGAUAAGGCUAUACAAUUACCCUCUAUUGUCACAUCAGGCAUUCCCUGGAUAUUCAGUUAUAGUGGAAGUCCGUUGGCAUUAAACUAUGGAUACCCGGAUGACAUACUUCCACCACCAUUCUUAGGUUUGCCGACAAAUAGUGAGACAGAAGUGAAGGAGAAAUACAGACAACAACUGUGGGAAAGAAGUCGUGAAAAGUGGUAUAAAUAUAGGGAUCAAUUGGUUUCCAUGGGAUGUCCCAAACUUCAAGAAUUUCUAUUAUGGACCCCAUCCCCCUUUGCCAACCUAUAUAUGACUCCUAAGGAAUUGGAUUAUACGGACAUCAGACCACUUCCCGGCAAUUUUUAUGGAUUUGAUAAUUUUAAACGCAGUGGUAAUGAAGACACGUUUGAAAUACCAGAAAGCCUUAAGAAUAGGUCCGGAAAACUGAUUUACUUAUCAUUGGGUUCUAUCGGUUCCGGAAAUGUAGAGCUCAUGAAAAGAUUGGUUGCGAUUUUGUCCAAAUCUAAGCACCGGUUCAUUGUCUCCAAAGGUGUCAAACAUAAUGAAUACGAAUUGGCGGACAAUAUGUGGGGCGAGAGGUCUGUCCCUCAGGUGAAA